AUGGAUGUGCGACUGUCUAUAGGUGACCAGAAGGAGAUUUGGGAGCGGAGAAGGCAGAAACUAGAAGCAUUAAAAAUCGGAGCCGACCCGAGCAAGCAACAACACGAUCCUCCACAACGCGACAAUAUUUUGGCUCCCCAGCUAUUCUCGGUCGCAAAGAAAGAGGACGUCGACAAGUUCAUCGAAGCCCUGAAGGAUCAUUGUGCCGAGGAAAAAGUGUCCUUGCCUGUCCUUCUCGGGCGACGCAGCCCCUCAGGGAAUACCCUGCUUCACGCUGCGGCAGAGACUGAUGAUAAUGUCAGAGCAAUCAUCGAAUUCGUCCCUGAGCAUUUGAUCUACUGUGAGAACUCCAGAGGAGAGACGCCGCUUCACAUUGCAGCUAGAGCUGGGAAAGCUGGCGCAGUGGAGCUUCUCCUUCCCCAAGGGGCGCCAACAUACCUUGACCGCUGCGGCAACUCUGCUCUGCAUGAGGCCGUGAGGAAUCGCCAUCGCGAGGUGAUAGGUCAUCUGGUGAGUAAAGACCCUAGCCUACUGUAUUGUCAAAAUAACGAAAGCAAGUCUCCAUUGUGCGUAGCAGUCGAAACAGGGGACUCGGAGGUUCUCGAGCUCUUGUUGGAAGCGCUAGACGAUGGCGAAUACUGGAGGAGAAUAGAGAGUCAAUCAGAGAGUCAAAGGAUCUUCGGCAUGUCGCCCGUUCAUGUCGCCCUUAUACACCGGACAAAGGAUAUGCUGAUUAAGAUGUGGGAAAAGAAGCCAUGGCUAUUUCAAUUGAGAGAUGCGGGACACGGUACUCCACUCCACUUGGCAGUGUAUGACAAUUAUCUCGAUGGAGUCGAGUUCUUGAUGGAGAAGUGCCCAACAAGCGCCUUGGAGCAAGACAGCAUGGGCUAUCUCCCUAUCCAUGUCGCUUGCAUGAUGAAUAGUGUCGAGAUUGUCGAGGCGUUGCUUAGUCAAUGGCAAGACCCUGCAGAGUUCUUAACUAGGUUGGGACAAAAUAUUCUUCACGUAUCAGCGAGGCACGGAUGCACUGCAACUGUCGAAUACAUACUGGAAAAUCCCAAAUUCGAUCACCUCAUAAAUGCAAGAGAUUUCGAUGGGAAUACAUCUCUGCAUCUAGCUGCAUUGCAUUGCCAACCUUCGGUCUUGCUUCUUGCACGAGACAAAAGAGUUAAUCUUAAGUUGGUCAAUAAGAAUAACAUGACGGCUUGUGAUGUGGCAAAGCAGGAAAUUACAACACAUUGGCCUCCAAUUGGGAAGGUACAACCUUUUACACUUUUCUCAUGGGUAAUCAUUUGUUAUACCAAUCAGGGGUGGAACUAGAACAUAAAAUAGGGAGGCAUGUCAUUUAGUGUGCUCUCACCCACAUCUGCAAUUUAGUUGCCAAAAUCAUAAUAUGUUCGUUUCUUUAUUUAUUCUUCGACUCACUACUUGCAGUUGUUAA